AUGUCAUCAGCAAUCAAUAAUGCUAAUUUAAGAUCACAUGUAACAACAUGUCAAGAAAUUAGUUAUUUUCGAUCUAGCAGACGCAUUGAUAUUGCUAUUGAAAAAUGUUAUGAACAGCUUAAUUAUAUUCGUGAUAGUUAUGCAAAAACUGAAUCAAAAUUUGAUAUUCAACUGUUACAUAAAUCUGCAUCAUCAUCUAUGAUUGAUAUAAAAGAUACAAAUUUUCAAAGUCUUUCAAAUAAUCGAUCAUGUGUUGGUCGUUUAAAUGCUGAAUAUUAUUAUGAAUAUAGUCGAGUAAUUCAUUUGCAUGAUCAAAUUAAAGAGUGUUUGAGUAUUCAACAUAUUGAAGCAAUACAAGAAACUCUUGAUGAAUGGCUUAAUGCAAUUAAUAUGCUAAAAAAAUCAAUGUUGACAAGAAAUUGA